UUUUCGAUCCCCUCUCUGGCACCUGAAGACACUCCGCUCACAGAAUAUCUCAAACAGCUUUACGCAGAAGCUGAGAAAGCCAUUUUAGAGUUUGAGACGACCGAAACCGACUCUUUUGAGAGUCCCCUGCCUACUUCUCUCCAUCCAACAAGAGCUAGACAAGGUCCUUCGUGGUGGCUGCUGAACAACACCGAACAGUUGGUUGCCAUGCCUCUUUUGCCCGAAACCAAAGCUUUGGUCAGUUGGCUUCGUUCGCACCGCCCAAAGACGAUUAUAUCCUUUCCGGGCCAUCAUUUACGAGGCUUGUCUUUUACAUCUGACCCACUCGAGACUGCCUACGGUCGUCUGCUGAGUUGGCGAACCAACACUUGGCUACAGAAUCUCGCCUACCUCAUUGUCCCAGAACUGCUCCUCUUUAGCAGUCUCUGCUCUCCACCACUUUGGCAACUUGACAACUCGUUUCCUUUUAUGGAUGACGCUAAAGUGAAUUCCAAAGGGCUGAACCAAUCGAAGACCUUGUAG